AUGGGCCCGAAGAGCAAAAAGAUUACCAACGGCUCCUCCACAGGAACCACGUCAAACCAGGCUAAAAAGGAAAUAAGGCCCCCAGCAUUCUGGAUCCGAUAUUUCGAAUCGGGUGGGCUUGAAGGCUGGCAGGCCAUGAUGCGUCUUCUAGGCUUCACUGAGACGUUUACAAGCAAGAACCAGUGCCGAAAGGCUCUCAAGUACGCCUGGGUGAACAUAAUAGACUUCUUUGAGGCCAUCAGUACAUGUAGCAGGCCGCGAUUCUUCCCCAACCAUUACCAGCUAAGCAGGUACACAAUCAGAACCAGAAAGUUCUUCCCUAAGAAGUUGUUGCCAAAGGGCAGUCCGCUUCGGCAACUAUUCUCUAACAUUGUCCCCAAACGGGGCCGAGAUUGCGAUUGA